AUGGGAUCUUCCGAUGACUCCACUGCGAUUCCCGAUCUUCGUCCGCCAUUGAUUGACCAAUACGAGAAUCCUUACUUCCUGCAUUCUUCUGAUCACGCCGGUCUCAUCCUCGUCUCCGAUCGUCUUGCUUCUGGAUCGGAUUUCCACUCUUGGCGCCGUUCGGUUCGUAUGGCCCUCAACGUCCGCAACAAGCUGGGCUUCAUUGAUGGUACGAUUCCUAAACCGCCUAAUGGACAUAGGGAUGCUGGUAGUUGGUCUAGAUGCAAUGAUAUGGUAGCGACUUGGCUUAUGAACUCGGUAUCGAAGAAGAUAGGCCAGAGCUUGUUAUUCAUGUCGACUGCUGAACAGAUUUGGAAGAAUUUGAUGUCUCGUUUUAGGCAGGACGAUGCUCCUCGCGUUUAUGAAAUAGAACAACGCUUGAGCAAUUUGCAGCAAGGUUCCAUGGAUGUUAGUACUUACUACACCGAAUUGGUUACCUUGUGGGAAGAGUAUCACAACUACAUUGAGCUUCCUCUUUGCACUUGUGGAAAAUGUGAGUGUAAUGCAGCUGCUUGUUGGGAGAAAUUGCAGCAGCGUAGCCGCGUCACGAAGUUCUUGAUGGGUUUGAAUGAAGUGUAUGAACCUACUCGGCGUCACAUUUUGGUUCUGAAGCCAAUACCAUCCAUUGAAGAUGUGUUCAAUAUGGUUUCUCAGGAUGAACGUCAGAAGAGUAUCAAACCUUCUUCGAAACCCAAUGUAGCCUUUCAGAAUACUGGACCAGUUGCUACGUAUGGUGAUGCCUCUGAUCAGGGUUCCUACAAUGGCCCGAUGGAUAAUGCUGCCUAUGCUGCCUCGUAUUCUCGCCAACAGAAACCUGUAUGUACUCACUGUGGACGGACUGGUCACACUGUGCAGAAAUGUUAUAAGCUUCAUGGUUAUCCUCCGGGACAUAAAUUCUACCAGAAGCCUAACUCUGCUCCACCACAGUUUCCGUCUUCUCAGCAGGGAUCUCGUUCGUCGUAUCCUCCUCAGACCUCCCAGAAAGCCAAUGUUGCUAAUGCUGUGGCUGGUCCUUUGGGAAGCUCUGCUCCUCUUGAUCUCACUCACUUUACAGCUGAUCAGGUGCAAUCCUUGAUCAAUCAACUCAGUGCACAUGUCCGAGUCUCAGAGCAAUCGUCUCCUUCCCUAUCUGCAUCUAUUACAGCGAAUGGUUAUAUGGAUCCUCAAUCUACUUCUGGUGUAACAGUCUCCUUCCCCGAUGGCACUAGUGUUCCCAUUAGUCACAUUGGCACUGUGCAUAUUUCCGAGCAUCUCAUUUUGCAUGAUGUCUUGCAUGUGUCUGCAUUCAAGUUUAACCUGCUUAGUGACCAUAUUCAGGACUUGACGAUUGGUAAAGGAGUUCUCAUUCAUAACCUCUACAUAUUAGAGUCAGCUAAUCUUCUUUCUUCUCGACAUCUCUGUGGCUCUUUGGUGGAUAGUCAUCUAUGGCAUCAACGUCUGGGCCAUCCUUCUUCUGCCAAGCUACAACAUAUUCCUGAUAUUUUUCCUGCGUUUAUUGAACAUAUUUCUACUCAGUAUAAUGCCAAAAUUAAAGCUAUUCGCAGUGAUAAUGCUCCUGAACUUGCUUUUCAUCAAUUGGUGCGUAACCAUGGUAUGGUCCAUCAAUUCUCUUGCGCUUAUACGCCUCAGCAGAAUUCAGUGGUUGAGAGGAAACACCAGCAUCUUUUGAAUGUUGCUCGUGCCUUGAUGUUUCAAUCCAACAUGCCUUUGGUGUAUUGGAGUGACUGUGUAUUAACAGCUGUUUUCCUUAUCAACCGGACUCCUUCUUUACUCUUGGAUAAACGAUCCCCAUAUGAGGUAUUGUUUCACAAAUCUCCUGACUAUUCCUUCUUACGAUCAUUUGGCUGCUUAUGCUAUGUCUCUACACAUCAUAAAGAUCGUAACAAGUUUAGCCCUCGUGUUGUCCCUUGUGUUUUUCUUGGCUACUCGUUUGGUUACAAGGGAUAUAAGGUUCUCAACUUGGAUACUAACGUUGUUUCUGUUUCUCGGAAUGUUAUAUUUCACGAGAAUGUGUUUCCCUUUAAACAGCGAGCCCCCAUUACACCUAUCAAUGACUUGUUUGGUACUUUCGUGUUACCGAUUUCACCUCCUCCUGAUAUUGGACUGGAGCCUCAAAUUUCCCCUGUACCGGUAACGUCUGUUCCUUCCCCUCUUACUCCGUCGAGUGAGCCUCAUUUGGUAUCUUCUGACCCUUCUCCUGCAUCUGCAUCUGGCAUUUCAUCUCCUGUUGUGCAUUUGGAACCUUCUGAGACAUGCAUUCAUAAUGAACCUUCUGUUAUUGCAUCUCAUGAUCGUACUAGUCCUGUUUCUGAGUCUAGUCAUGUUCCUGGUCAUUCAUCUGCAUCAUUACAUCCUGUGCCACUUUCUCGGGACUCUAGUGUUCCAUCUUCUCGGGUGGAAGCUGUUGCACCGGCUGCAGAAGAGGUCUCACGUCCCACUGUCAGACCCAAGCGACAAGGUAAAGCCCCUAGCUAUCUUUCUGAUUAUUAUUGUUCUCUUUUUGCUCACUAUCAUAACCCACAAGUCACUCCUUCUAUUGCUCCUCAUAUUCCUUUUCCCCUAUCCUCUGUUCUAGCUUACCAUAAACUUCGUCCCCCAUACCAAUCUUUCAUUCUUUCUAUAUCAAAUGAGACGGAACCGAAGAAUUUUUUGGAAGCUAUUAAAAAUCCAUUUUUGAACAAUGCGAUGGAUGUGGAAAUUGUUGCUCUGGAAGCUUUAGGUACAUGGAGCAUUGUGACUUUGCCCGAUGGAAAGCACGUGAUUGGUUGUAAGUGGGUGUUUACCAUUAAAUAUCUUUCUAAUGGUACGAUCGAGAGAUACAAGGCUCGUUUGGUGGCCAAAGGUUACACUCAGCAAGAAGGGAUUGACUACAUCGAGACUUUCAGUCCUGUUGCUAAACUUGCUAGUGUGAAAUACUUGCUGGGCUUGGCUUUGUCUUUUGGUUGGAUUCUUUGGCAGAUGGAUGUGACUAAUGCGUUUCUUCACGGUGGUCUGGAUGAGGAGAUCUACAUGACUCUGCCUCUCGGUUAUACACCAUCCAAUGGCGUUCUCCCUCCGAAUCUGGUCUGUCGUCUGCACAAAUCUCUUUAUGGCCUGAAGCAAGCCUCUCAUCAGUGGUAUCACUGCUUCUCCGGCGUUGUUCUUAAAGCCGGUUUCGUUCAAUCUCCAGAUGAACUGGAGUCUCUCAAAUGUCAUCUCCACGAGGCUUUCAAGAUCAAGGACAUUGGUGUUCCCAAGUUCUUUUUGGGUUUGGAGAUUUCACGGACGGAGCAAGGCAUCUCCAUUUGUCAACGGAAAUAUGCCUUAGACAUUCUCACGCCGACGGGUCUUCUCGAUUGCAAGCCGGCUUCUGUUCCGAUGGAUCCUACGUUGCGGCUUCGCAAAGACACAGGCACGCCACUCGCCAGUAGUAAUCCGUUUCGAGAGCUAAUUGGCCGUCUUCUCUACUUGACGAUAACGCGAUCUGAUAUUACUUUCGCGGUGAAUAAUCUUAGUCAGUUCCUUUCCUGUCCGACUGAUAUACAUCUUCAGGCUGCUCAUCGGAUUCUGCAUUACAUCAAGGCAAAUCCGGCUCAAGGUUUAUUUUACUCUGCUGACUCUGAAGUGUGCUUGAAUGCUUUCACUGAUGCGGAUUAUGCUACAUGCCCUGAUUCACGACGCUCUGUUACGGGCUAUAUGGUCUACCUUGGCAAAUCUCUCAUCACGUGGAAGUCUAAGAAGCAACAAACCGUGAGUCGUAGCAGUACUGAAGCUGAGUAUCGGAGUAUGGCCCUUGCUACUUGUGAAUUGCUAUGGUUGAACCAACUUCUUCGUGACAUGAAGAUCACUCCGACUGCUCCGGCAAAGUUGUUCUGUGACAACAAGUCUGCAAUGCAUAUUGCGAGCAAUCCCGUCUUCCACGAGCGCACUAAACACAUUGAAGUUGAUUGUCACACCGUUCGUGAUCAAGUGAAGAAUGGAUUCAUGAAGCUCUUUCAUGUUGCUAAUGAGAAUCAGCAUGCUCACAUUCUCACCAAACCUCUACAAUCGGGUCCUUUCUACAACCUCCUUCAUCACUUGUCUAUUUCAAGCAUGUUUCAUCCUCACACGAUUCCGAUCAUACAUAAUCCUGAUCCUGAUCAUGCUGCAGUCUAUGUUCCGCUUUUACAGGCUUGA